UCUAGUUCGGGUCUCGGCGCGUCUCCGUCUCCCCCACACAGGGAUUAGCUGUCUUCUCUUUCAGCACUCCCUAAAUUCCAUUUCGCCUUUUACUCAGGGCAGCAGCUCCUCUUCUGGGUCCCGCACAGGACAUUUAUCCCGCAGCAAGUUUGUUUUUUUUGUUGUUGUUGUUUUUUUCCUUCCCGGAGCGCAAAAGAGAAGAAGACGCAACUUUGGAUCUCGUCAAGAAAAAGUGGAGAAACAAGAGCGCGGGAAAAUUGGAGUUUUUUGUUUGUUUUGUUUGCUUUUCUGCUAUUUUUUUUUCCUACCUGUUGAUGAAGUCACACCGGGUUUGGGACUCAGAGGUGAUUUUUCGUCCCAGGACAGAAAAGUGCGGAAAAGCUGCAGCCUGAUCUGAGCUGCAGCGGUUCAGCUUGAAGGACUUGGGAUUUUCGUUUGAACCAACAGUCGCAGUCUGUACUGGGUUGGUGGAAAAUGGGCACUUCGGUCUGUGGACUUAUCCUCUCUUUGAUCCUCACGUGCCAACUUGUUACUGUGACUCAGAGCUCAAAAGUAUGGGGAGAAGUCCCUGUGCCAGAAGACUUGGAGGCAGAUAAAAAUGAUAAGACAUCUCAGAUUUUGCUGGAUGACGAUGAGGACUUUGCAGCUGAUGAAGCUUCAGGAGAUCUUCCCAGUGGAGAGGGUGGAAGUACACCAUGGCCUCCAGUGAUCUCUGGGAGCACAAUCUAUUAUAGAGCUUUAGUCAACUUCACUGACUCUCUGGUCUAUGGUCCAGAGCUCGAAGACAUCUUCUCUCCAGCCUUUAUUGAAAUCUCUGAAGCAGUAGUGGACACGUUGGAAUCAGAGUACAACAAGAUCCCAGGUAUCCAGACAGUGAGCGUGGUCCUCAUUAAGAAGGUGGUAAGAGAGGAUGGUGUGGAUGUAUUUGUGGAGAUGGAUGUGGGUUCUGACGAGAACAGCAGAGAUGAAGAGAUCCGCAGUGUGCUGUAUAAUGUGGUGAAAGACGGAGCCAUUGCUUCUUAUGUCACAUCAGUGCAGGGAUUUCAGUUCAGACGGCUUGGAGAAGUAAUCCCUCACAUCAGACCAUGCAUGGCAGAUGAGCACAGGUGUGGUGAUGGAACGUGCAUCUUGAUGGAAUACCUGUGUGACAACAGACCAGACUGCAGAGACAUGAGUGAUGAGACAGACUGCGCUACAAAACAGCCAGUCUCUCCAGUUACCACAACCGCCGCUGCAACAACUACCACCCCUACUACCACCACCACCAAGAAGCCCAUAAGGUACCCAGGUGUCCCCGGACCCUGCAGAGUGGACCAGGCAACUUGCCAGAGUGGCGAGUGUAUCCCUAGGGAUUACCUCUGUGAUGGAGAGAAGGACUGCUCAGAUGGAAGUGAUGAGUUCAGAUGUGGUACUCCAUCUCCGUGUGAACCCAACGAGUUCAAGUGUAAAAAUGGCCGCUGUGCCCUCAAACUUUGGAGGUGUGAUGGAGAUAAUGACUGUGAGGACAACUCUGAUGAAACAGAUUGCCCCACUAAGGGUCCUGGUGACAGGUGUGCUCCUGAGCAGUUUGAAUGCCUGAGUGAUCGCACCUGCAUCCCGGCUAGUUAUCAGUGUGAUGAAGAGCCAGACUGCCCUGACCGCUCUGAUGAAUAUGGCUGCAGCCCUCCCUCAGUGACGAGCCCACCGGAAGAAUCCGUUCAAGCAGCACGGGGGGGCACAGUGAUGUUCACCUGUCAGGCCGUUGGAGUGCCCACCCCCAUCAUAACCUGGAGACUUAACUGGGGACACAUCCCCAUCAGUGGCAGGAUUUCCAUGACCAGUGAGAAUGGCCAAGGAACCCUGACCAUUCGUGAUGUAAAAGAGGCGGAUCAGGGGGCGUACACCUGCGAGGCUAUCAAUGCCAAAGGCCUUGUGUUUGGCAUCCCAGAUGGUGUCCUAACUCUCACACAGGGUCCUAACCCAGGAAACUGUCCCGAUGGUCACUUCACUGUGGAGGGCCGCUGCGUGUCCUGCUUCUGUGCUGGAAUCACCAAGAACUGCAAGGCCACUGGCCGCUACCGCAACCAGAUCAGUCUACGUUUCACUGUCGAGGAUGACUUCAAAGGAGUGAAUGUCACCUACCCCUCUAGACCAGGCAUUCCUCCUCUCUCUGCCACUCAGCUCCUCAUCAACCCUGAAAUGGAGGAAUUCCAGCUUGUUGACCUAUCUCGUCGUUUCCUCAUUCUUGACUCCUUCUGGACUUUACCUCGGCAGUUCCUGGGCAACAAAAUUGACUCUUAUGGCGGAUCCUUAAAGUACAAGGUGCGAUACAUAUUGGCCCGUGGUCUGUCUGAGCCUGUGGAGAAGCCAGAUGUGGUUCUUGUUGGAAAUGGACGCAGACUUGUGUACCGCAGAGGCAGCACCACGCCUCCUGGAGUGGUCAACCAGAAGGAAAUCAGAUUCACUGAAGACAACUGGCAGCAGUCUAAUGGCCGUCCUGUGAGUAGAGAGGAGUUGAUGAUGACACUAGCCAACCUGGACAGCGUCAGUAUCCGCACCAAGUAUGAUGACCACAUGGUCAGCGUCGGACUCAGUGAUGUCAUCAUGGAUACCACCACUAUUGAGUUCAGCACCCGGGGUCAUGCGAAAGACGUUGAAGAAUGCAGGUGUCCUCCUGGAUAUACAGGCCUGUCCUGUGAGAUGUGUUCAGCUGGAUUUGAGCGUGUCCCCGGUGGCUCCCACCUUGGCACCUGUGCUGGCUGUAACUGUAACGGGCAUGCCAGUGCCUGUGAUCCAAUCAGCGGACAUUGUCUGAGCUGCCAGCACAACACAGAAGGCCCUCAGUGUAACAAGUGUCGCCCAGGCUACUUUGGAGACCCGACUCGCGGACGUGCAGAUGACUGCAAACCCUGCCCCUGUCCAUACAGUGAAACAUCUCGCCGGUUCUCUGACACCUGUUUCCUGGACGUGGAUCAGCAUGCAACAUGUGACGCCUGCAAGCCCGGCUACACAGGAAGACGCUGUGAAAAGUGUGCUCCUGGUUACCAGGGUAACCCCCUUCAGCCCAAUGGAAAAUGUGUUCUUCACUCAAUUUCCACUUCCACCUGUGAUGACAGAGGAACUAUCAGCUCCACUGGUAGUCUGUGCAGCUGCAAGAACAAUGUAGCUGGUGCUCAGUGUGAUGAGUGUAAACCCGGGUUCUUCCACCUGUCAAACACCAACCCUGAAGGGUGUCUGCAGUGUUUCUGCAUGGGUGUCACCAAGCAGUGUGCCAGCUCCAUUUGGAAUAGAGACCAGGUGCUUGGAGGAGUGAACGGGCAGCUCUUCUCGCUCUCCAGCAGCGCCAACACGAACACGAUAACGGAGGGCAUCUUGCAGAGGGGCUCUGGAGUGGUUUACCAGUCCUUCACCAGUAUCCCCAGUGAUGUUUAUUACUGGGUCCUACCUGAGAGUUUCAGAGGAGAUAAGGUGACGGCCUAUGGCGGGGAGCUGCAGUACACAGUUACCUAUGAACCGUUUCAGCGCUCACUGGUGAUUGAUAAUCAGCCAGACAUCAUCCUCCAGGGCAACGGCAUCUCACUGACACACUACUGUGAAACCAAGCCCCUCCCACGUGUCCCACAAACCAUGACUGUGAUCUUCAGAGAGUCUGCAUGGCGCCGCACUACUGGUCAACCGUGUACUCGUGAGCACCUCCUGAUGGCUCUGGCUGAUGUUACAGUCUUCAAGAUCAGGGCAACUUAUGCAGAUAACAUGGUUGAGAGCAGUAUCUCAGAUAUUAAGAUGGACAUUGCAGUACCCCAAUCAAACGGCAAUGAGCGUGCUGUGGAGGUGGAAGAGUGCGCAUGCCCGCAGGGAUAUAGAGGACCAUCUUGCCAGGAGUGUGAAGAGGGUUACACUCGCACAACCUCUGGCCUUUAUUUGGGCACUUGCGAGAGGUGUAACUGCAAUGGCCAUUCCGCUCGCUGUGACCCUGAGACCGGCACGUGUCUUCAAUGUCUCCACAACACUGAUGGGCCAAGAUGUGAGCGCUGUCAAUCUGGUUUCUAUGGAAACCCAGUUACGGGUGGUGCACAGGCCUGUCAGCCCUGCCCCUGUCCUGGAACAUCCUCCAGUAACCAGUUCUCCCAGUCCUGUUAUCUGGAUUUCGAUGGUCAACCAACUUGUAACAACUGUCCAACUGGAUAUACCGGCCGUCUCUGUGAGAGAUGUGAUGCUGGAUACACUGGAAACCCGCUGCUUGGACAGAGAUGCAUUUCCAUAAACAUAGUUAAUGGUGACUGCUACAUCUGUGACCAAAGAGGAAGGGAAAGUUGCAAUGGCGGUGUUUGCCGUUGCAAGAUGAACGUUGAAGGCCAGUCUUGUUCCACAUGUAAAUCUGGAACCUUCCACCUCAGUGCAGAAAACAAAGAUGGCUGUCUGUCCUGUUUCUGUAUGGGCGUCACUCAACAGUGCUCCAGCUCCACUCACUACAGAGACUUGGUCUCCUCAGUCUUUUCUCCAGGGAACUUCCAGGGGUUCGCUUUAGUGAACCGUCAACGCACCAGCCGUAUCUCCACUGGCUUCACUGUGGAGGUUUCUACAGAAGGCACUCAGCUUUCCUACAGCAACUUUGACUACCUGGGACAGGAACCUCACUACUGGCAGCUUCCUGGGGUCUACCAGGCAGACAAGAAAGAACCCUUUGCUCGACUGAAACGAGCAGAGCAGAUUAAGUCAAACGUACCGGUGGAGCAGCUCAGGAAGGAUGCUGAUAUUUGGAACCUAAUGGCAUCUGAACAUAAAGACUCCCACAGGUCCAAAAGAACUACCCAGGAUGAUAUCAGACAGCUGGAUGCUGAGGUCUGGGCGCUUUUCUCUAACUUCUCCCACGGACGAGCUGCUUCACCCCUGUUCCCUCCUCCCUCCUUUCCUUCCUCCUCCAAAUCCCAGACUUCUUUCUCCUCUGCAUCUUCUCGGGUAUCAUUUCCCUCUUCCUCCUCCAACUCUUGGUGGUCUUUGCGUAAUUUGAACCCACCUCCCCCUCCGUCUGGCAUCUCCUCUUUGGUUAAACCGACCAGGCCCCAUCCUUACUCCCCAGGCCACGCUCCUCAUCAGCAGAGGAAGAACUUAGUGAGAAAAACGUCUUCUAUUUCUUCCGGAAGUGGUGGCAAGUACUCUCUGGUCUACAAAGGUUUCAGCUUACACCCGAACGAAGUGCUCUACUGGCAGCUCCCAGCGCAGUUCACAGGGGAUCAGGUGGGCUCUUAUGGUGGCAAACUAAAGUACACCAUCUCCUACGUGGCUGGUCCAAGAGGAACGCUGCUUGAUGAUGCGGACAUCCAGAUUAUUGGUAACGAUAUCAACUUGGUAGCUCAUCAGCCUUGGCAGAGGAGGCAGCAGGGCAGCAGAGAGUCUCACCAGUUUGAGAUUGUCUUCAGGGAAGAAAACUGGAAGCGUCCAGACGGUAUGCCUGCCACCAGAGAGCACCUGAUGAUGGUUCUGGCUGACCUGGAUGACAUCCUGAUCCGAGCAUCCUACUCCACUGAGAUGCGCUCCUCCAGUAUCUCGGAUGUCAGCAUGGAAGUGGCGGUGCCCAACUACAGCGGCUUGGCGCAGGCCCUGGAGGUGGAGCAGUGCCGCUGCCCACCUGGCUACCAGGGACUCUCCUGUCAGGACUGUGCACCUGGAUAUACCCGCACUGGAGGAGGUUUGUACCUGGGCCAUUGUGAGCUGUGUGAAUGCAACGGACACUCUGACUCCUGCCACCCUGAGACUGGCAUCUGCACGAGCUGCCUCCAUAACACUCAGGGUGAGCUCUGUGAGCUGUGUGCCCCUGGAUUCUUUGGCGACCCCACUGCUGGUACUCCAGAGGACUGCCAGCCAUGCGCCUGCCCUCACACUGACCCAGACAACCAGUUCUCUCCCACUUGUGAGAGUCUUGGAAAUGGAGGUUACCAGUGUACUGCCUGUGAGCCCGGGUACACUGGACAGUACUGUGAACGCUGUGCUCCGGGAUAUGUCGGCAACCCGCAGGAGAGAGUGAAGUGCCGUCCCUAUGACGACGCAGCCUUCCUGGUGGUCAAAGUUUACCCUGAGAGGAUUCUGGCACCCCUUGGUGGUUCUGUCACUCUGCGGUGUCAGGUGACAGGCUCACCUCCGCACUACUUCUACUGGUCCAGAGAGGACGGUCGGCCCAUUUCCAGCAGUGCCGACAGACGUAGACAAGGAGCAGAGCUGCACUUCUCCACCGUUCAGCUGAGUGACGCCGGCAUAUACUUGUGCACCUGCCGUGAUCAGCGCAGUACCAACACGAGCCGCGCUGAAAUCAUCGUUACACCUGCUUCAGUCAAACCCAUCGAGGUGACAGUUGAGGAGCCCAAAUCCCAAACUGUCAGUGUUGGAUCAACAGUCAGCUUCAUCUGUACGGCAAAGAGCAAGUCUCCAGCCUACACUCUAGUGUGGACCCGGCAGGGCAACGGAAAGUUGCCCAACCGAGCCAUGGACUUCAAUGGCAUCCUAACAAUUCAGAACGUUCAGGCAGAGGAUGCAGGCAUCUACGUCUGCACGGGUUCCAACAUGUUCGCCAUGGACGAGGGCACAGCCAUCCUCUACGUGCCAGAGGCCUCACAGAUACAGAUGUUUUAUACAGCGUAUGAAAUGUUUGAAGGACAUAGAAAGCCCACUGAGGGGGCCCAGCCUGUGGCCAGCGUCGCGCCUUCAAGCCUGAACGUCCAGCAGGGUCAGCGGGCAGAGUUUCACUGCACAGUGACCGGCAAUCCGACCCCUGCCAUCGAGUGGAUCGGAGGUCCAGGGAAGAGAAAUGAGUCCCGAGCUGUGAUACGAGGCAAUGCACUGAUCUUCCCAGCAGUGGGACCAGCUGACGAGGGCGAGUACACGUGCAAGGCCCCUGAAACACGCCACGGGAAGCACACAGCACGCGUUUCCCUCUUUGUACCUAAAGUCUAGCCCAAGUGGUCUGGGGCCACCCAGCCCCAAGUCCAAGUCAGUCCCAAAAUGUGAAAGUCCAUGAGGGUGACAACCUUGAGGUUGUACUGCCGAGCGACGGGAUCCCCCACCCCGAAGCUCACCUGGCUGAAAAACGGACAGGACAGAUCCCUCACAGGUGAGAUAUCUGCUGCUGCUAUUCCUUCUCAUGGUUUUCAUCAGUUUAAAAGCAACAGUCUCGAUGUGUUACAGAGACGUAUGAGGAGCUGCAGGUCUGCUCGUAUGGACCGCACUGACAUCGGUACCUUGCUCAUCCCCAACAUCCAGGUGUCUGAUGCAGGCACGUUUAUGUGCGUUGGGAGCAACAGCAUUGGGUCAAACAGUGCCCCUAUUAAAGUCACUGUGCUCAGGGCUGACCAUGUCUCUUCAGCCGUCACCAUCCAGCCAUCCAUAGCUGAUGUGCAGGAAGGCCAGAAUCUGGAACUUAACUGUUUAGCACCUGGAAGUCCACCUCCCCGGGUCACCUGGACGAAAGCUAGUGGACCUCUCUCAUCCAACCACCAGGUUUUGGGCAAUCAGCUGCGCAUCCUGUCUGCCACUCCGGAGGAUUCAGGGGAAUACAUCUGCCGAGUGCUGGGCAGCGCCGGAAACCAAGGACCGGCAGUCCGUCAGGCCUCUGUGUCUGUGUCUGUCACUUCAUCGUCCUCACGUUUGCAGAGUCCGAUCAUCGCCAUUGAGCCUCAUAGUGCCACGGUGCGGGUGGGCGAGUCCGCCAGCUUCACGUGCAGAGUUUACAGUGGAGCUCAGCCCGUCAGACUGGAGUGGAAACUGGCCAGCAACCAGCCACUACCAGACAAUGUCAAAGUUAGCCGUGAUGGAUCUGUGAUUACAAUCACCAACGCCCACAGUUUCAACCAUGGUGCCUAUCGCUGCGUAGCGAGUAACCCCUUUGGCAUCACUCAGACCAUUGUAUCUCUGAUUGUCAGAGAGCGUCCCAUUGCCACGGUCACCCCUGCUGGGCCUGUGCGGAUCAGAGUGGGUGAACCCAUCAACCUGGAAUGUCAGGCGUCAGGAGAGCCCCGCCCCUCAGUCACAUGGCACAGGCUAGACAGUAACCGUAAGAUCAUGCUGAGCAGCCCUGUGCCCAUGGAGUCCAACGCAGUCAUGCAGAUUUUAGUGGCUCGUGUGGAAGACAGCGGCACAUACGUGUGCACAGCUCGCAACACUGAGGGCACCAUGGAAAGCAAAGUGGAGGUAAUCGUGGAGGGAAGCUCUCAAGUGCCCACGGUGCCCAGAGCCUCUGUUCCUGAGCCUCUGAUGGUUGUAGUGGAGGGACACACUGCAGUGCUGCGCUGUCAGGCCCACGGUUUCCCACCUCCGACCAUCACCUGGUCCAAACUCCGGGCUCCUCUGCCUUGGAAACACCAGUUAGUGAACAACAGCCUGGUUCUGCCAAAUGUGGGCCGCCAAGACUCUGGAGAAUACAUCUGUAGCGCCAACAGCAUCAUGGGUGCCAGUGAAGUCGCCAUCAUGCUUGAUGUGGAGACACCUCCUUAUGUCACUGUGGUGCCUGCUGAUCUGGGUGUGCGAGCUGGGGAGGUGAUCAGACUGCAGUGUGUGACCCAUGGCACGCCUCCUCUCACUUACACUUGGACCAAGCUGGAUGGAAACCUCCCCUCAAGAACUCAAAUUAGCGAAGGGGAUCUCCAAAUCAACCUGGCUACAGCUGAGGAUGCUGGGAGCUACAAGUGUGUGGCCAGCAACAACGUGGGCACAAGCGAGGCGAUUGUCCAAAUCACAGUCAGAUCUCCAUUGGCGGUGCGCGUUUCACCCCAGGUUGAGGUAAAAGCCCAAGGCAGCGCUGUGGAGUUCACAUGUUCAGCAACAGGAGGUGUAGAAACUGUGAUUGAGUGGCUGAAGGAGGGCGGUGCGCUGCCACCAAACCACUUCAUCAAGGACGGGGUGCUCAGGAUUGAGAACCUUGCGCAGAGCAAUGAAGGGGUCUAUAUCUGCAGAGCCAGCAGUGUGUAUAGUCAAGCCCAGGACACCGCCAGGCUGACCAUUCAAGCUCUACCAAAGGUGAUGAUCAAUGUGCGCACGUCAGUGCAGACUGUGAUGAUUGGGAACUCUGUGGAGUUUGAGUGCCACGCUAUUGGAGAUCCUGAGCCCACUGUCAGGUGGAGUAAAGUCGGCGGGUCUCUGCCGGACCACAUCAUGGUGAAGGGUGGCAUGCUGAGGAUCGACCGGGUGACCGAGGAAGACGCGGGGCAGUACCGCUGCACCGCCACCAAUGACGUGGGUUCGGUGCAGUCCCAGGUGGUCCUUAAUGUCCAGUCCCUACCUCAGAUUGCUGCACUGCCUGAAAGUAAGGAGGUGACAGUCGGGUCUGAUGCUGUCUUGCCGUGCAUGGCUUCAGGAUAUCCCGUGCCUCAGAUCAAGUGGUCUAAGCUUGGAGAAGAGCUUCCUCCAAAGUGUUUCCAGGAAGAUCAUGUGCUGACAGUACCUCGUGUCAGCCAUGAGGAUUCUGGGACAUACGUCUGCACCGCCUCAAACAAACAGGGCAAAGUGGAAGCCUUUACUAGGCUCAGAGUUCACGAGAGAGUGAUGCCAUACUUUGCCCAGGAACCCUUGUCCUACCUCACUCUACCGACCAUCAAAAAUGCCUACAAGACUUUCAACAUCAAGAUCAACUUCAGACCUGAUAAUGUUGAUGGUCUCAUAUUGUACGCCGGUAUGAUCCUCUACAAUGGCCAGAGGAUGACCACAGGAGCUGAUUUUCUCUCUUUCGGACUUGUUGGUGGCCGCUUGGAGUUCAGGUUUGACGUGGGCUCAGGAAUGGCCACCAUACGGGAUCCCAACCCCAUCAAAUUAGGAGAGUUUCACACAGUCGAGCUUCACCGUAACAACACCCAUGGCUACAUCAUUGUAGACAGAGGCGAGCCAAUCAACGGUAGCUCACAGGGGAAGUUUCAGGGCCUGGAUCUCAAUGAGGAGCUGCAUGUAGGCGGCUACCCCAACUACACCCUCCUGUCUAAAACAGCUGGCAUUAAGACUGGAUUUGUUGGCUGUAUCCGUCAGCUGAUCAUCCAAAGUGAGGAAGUCAUCUUCAAAGAUCUUGACCGCAGCUCGACAGGGGUCACAAAUUGUCCCACCUGCAAAGAUCAUCCAUGCCAGAAUGGAGGCCAAUGUGAAGAUUCAGAUGCUGGCUUGUAUAAGUGCAGCUGCCCCAGAGGUUUCACAGGCAGCAACUGCCAGCAUCACUCCUCACUGCACUGUCACUCAGAGGCAUGUGGACCAGACGCCACUUGCAUCAACCGCCCGACUGGCCUAGGCUAUGAUUGCCGCUGUCAUCUUGGCAAGUUUGGAAACAAAUGCAUGGAUGGGGAACUGGUGACCACACCUUUAUUUGAUGGCGAGGCGUCUUACAUAGCUUAUCCUCCCCUGACCAACAUCCACGAUGACCUGCGUGUUGAGCUGGAGUUCAAACCACUAGAGAGAGAUGGCCUGAUGUUCUUUUGCGGAGGGAAGAAAAUGAAGGUGGAGGACUUUGUAGCCAUAUCCAUGGUGGAUGGACACAUCGAAUUUAGAUACGAAUUGGGCACAGGCCAAGCAAUCCUUCUCAGUCCAGAUCCAGUGUCUCUGGGCCAGUGGCACAGAGUUGUGGCCGAGAGGAACAAGAGGGCCGGCCAACUGAAGGUUGACCACGGGCCUGUGGAGAGGAAGACAUCUCCAGGAAAAGGCCAGGGCCUCAAUAUCCACACGCCCAUGUACCUGGGAGGAGUCCCCAACAUGAGCAUCCUGCCUAAACCCGCCAAUGUUAGCGAAAUGUUUAAAGGGUGUAUUGGAGAGGUGUCCAUCAACAACAAGAAGGUGGAUCUGUCCUACAGCUUCACAGAGAGCAGAGCAAUCCGCCAGUGUGUGGAUACCAGUCCGUGUGACCGGCGGCCCUGUCUGAAUGGCGGUCACUGCAUGUCUAGUGCUGAGUAUGAGUACCAGUGCCUGUGUCCGGAUGGAUUUGAAGGUGAUCGUUGUGAGAUAGUGAAAGACGCGUGCUACAGUGACCGCCACUGCCAGAACGGCGGCAGCUGUGUCAGUGGACAGUGUGUGUGCACAGCCAGACACUCAGGCCUCAACUGUCAGGAAAGCCAGGUCGCCAGCUUCCCAGAAGCCCCGUGGAAUCUGGAAGGUGGUGAAGCAAAUGACUCACCCCAUCAGUAUGCAGCUCAUUUCCACAACAAUGGAUAUAUUCCCCUUCCUAAGUCCGUUUUCCGGAGAAGCGCCCAAGAUUUGCCGGAAUCCAUUGAACUAGAGAUCAACACCAACACAUCUGAAGGCCUGAUCCUUUGGCAGGGGGUGGAGACCACUGGUGCACGCAAUUUGCGAAAGGUGCAUGCUAGUAAGAAGGAACAUGGAGAACAAGGCAAAGGCAAAGACUUCAUCAGCCUCGGCCUACAGAACGGACAUGUUGUAUUCAGGUACCAGCUGGGCAGUGGAGAAGCAAUAAUCACAUCCAGGAAGGUCAUCAGUGACGGCCAGUGGCAUAAAGUCACAGCAGUCAGAAUUGGAAAAGAUGGAUACAUCCAGAUUAACGGUGGGGUGGCAGUGCACGGACAGUCAAAAGGCAAAAGCCUCAUGAUGAACACCAAAGGAAAUAUAUACCUGGGUGGCGCUCCGGAUAUGGCUGCUCUGACGGGAGGGAAGUUUUCCUCCGGAAUGACAGGCUGCGUGAGGAACCUGUCACUGAUGAACGCCGGGCCGGGACAGCAGCCCGCCCAGGCUAUCGACCUGCAGUCCCACGCAGCGCACAGCGCCAACGUGCAGCCGUGCUCGUCAUAGACCACAGCACGCACGCGCACGCACACACACAGGAACACACACAAACACAGAGACUAUGGCGUGAUGUCAUGUCACACACAGCAGACCCACACAAAGACACAAACUUGGUGCUUCACCGCAACCAAAACAAGAAAAGAGGAUGCGUUUGUCUGUGUGCGGUAAAACCAAAAAAAAAAGUGCGAACAUUGAAACAUUAUGGCGUCUUCUCUUCCUCAGUCUUGUAUGCUCAAUGAAGGACUAUUAACACAAGAGAACCAGAACAGUUUACAGACUUCCAGCAGUAGUUUUAGCAUUGAGAAGAGUAAAAUACAUUCAGCCUUCUGCGAUGGGUCAAAUCCUAUGGAGAUGGAGAUGUUUUACAGCACUGAAUUUUAUUUAUAUAUGAAAAUAUAUAUAUAAGAUAUUAUAUUAUAUUGUGGGGGAAAACAUGCAAACUAAUCAUAGUUGCUUCAGACUUCUGAAACUUUCUUCUGGGUUGUAACACUGUGUGUCCUGGGCUUCUGGCCGGCCUAAUUGUAUUAAUACUUGAAGGCGUUUAGGUCUUCGUCUUUCACUUCUGUAGAGGAAUGCGAGUAUGCUUUCAGCAUGCACACGGCUACGCAGAGGAGUGCACACGGUCACAGUCACGCAGCUUCAGCACACAACUCAGGUCACCCGACACAAAUGAUGAACUGCGAGUAGUUCAAAUACAGUUACUUUAAGUGAGCUCAUCAUACCGGUGUCUUUUUUCUGUAUUUGUUCUUUUUUUUAACAAAAAAGAAAGAAACCUUGGUGCUAACGUCACACAAAGACACAGCAUACUUGCAGUUGCCCGUCUGUGGUGUUUUAAUGUGAUAUAAACACGUAGUUUAGCUUUUCUUUUUCGUUGUCCUUUCCGUUUUAUGUCAUCCAUGUAAAACAGCUUUUUGGUCUCUACUUGCAGACAGACAUUCUACCUGAAUUUGAUUUGCUUUAUUUUGUGAUUGAUCAUUGACUUCCUGGACUCGGCCAUCAAAAAUGUGUCUGUAUAUGGUGAAAGUGUCCAAUUUGUAGAGACAUUCAUUUAUCCCUGCAGUAAUGUCCAUGUCUCUGAGGCCUCAGAUUGAGGAACACCUAGGAAAAGUGCAUGGAGUCAUGAGGUCAUUGGACAGAGGUGUAUGGUGAUGCCUAUGCUAGAGAAAGAGAAGGAAGGUCCAAGUUUUAAGUCCUCCAGUACUUUGUGUCUUACUUUAUGGUUGUGAGACUUGGACACUAACCAGUACCCUAUGAUGAUGACUGGACUUUCUUUGGUGCUAGGUCUUGUUGGACAAUCCUUGGGAAUUGCUGAAGUAACUUUGUGUCAAAUGAACAGUUACUUCUGGAGAUUAAGAUCAUGCUACCACUUGCAUUGUGACAAAGUCGGCUAUGACAUUUUGGUUUUUCUGGGAAUGAUCCAGCACACAGGUGCUUCGGUUUUUUGGGUCCCCGUACAAUGGAAAAGGCCAAGGGGACACAAAUAUUUCACCUGAGUGCAGAUGGAUGGCUACUUCCAAGAGGUGGUAAUGGACUGUUGUCUGCCUGGAUGGUUGCCAUCUAGGCCCAAAGGCGGCUCUGUAGAGUAGUGGAUGUGGAAUCGUAUGCCCCCAGCACAUGUACUAUAGGUUUAUUUGAUUGUUUAGUCACUUUGAAGAUUUGGCUUUACAUCUAAAGCAUUGUGUCUCAUUUUCAAUAUCCUCAGGAGAGCUGAAUCUCCUCAAAAUGAAUUUUUAGAUUUGAUAGCUUUUGUCAUAACUCUGAAGGCUCCAAACUUGAGUAGAGACAGAUACAUCUGCAGCAAACAGCAGGAGGACACAGGUGGUUUAGUCAAAGCUCCCAACUGGUGGUGGGACCUGUAGUACAUCUCGAAUAAGGCAUAUGCGCCCACUUCAGUUGAAUCACAGUGGCACGAUUGCUUUUGGCAUUCACAGACUUUUUGUCUUUUUCUGUAACCUUAAACUACCUGUUUUACUAUUCUACAGGUGAGCACUGUCUUUUUACUUAGUCACUUUUUAUUUAUUUUGUUUUUCUUCUCCAUUGUUCCAAUCACAUGCUUUCUUGAUUUUGGUUAUUGCCUCCUAGAGCCCCCCCUUAUCACCAUCAUGUCUGCCAUCCUGUAUCUUCAUCAAAAAUGUGACACCAACCUGACUGGAAUGACCUGUUAAAAUGGUUGUAAACUGAUAUUAGUAAUCUACAUUGGUGUAUUUUUUUAAAAAGGUUUUAGGCUUGAAAUGCAAUUCUUUAUUUAUCCAAGCAGAAGGGCACCAUCAUGUUUGUUUACAUGUGAAUGUGGAUUGAAAAAAGACAGUCCUGUAGUCCACGUUUAGGACACAAACAUUGUAAGGAGGUUUCUUGGCCCCUGUUCUGCUACCUUUCUGUUUUUAACCUGGAUUUUCCUAUGUGCACUGUACAGUGUUGUCCUAUGCAUAGUUUGCAAUUUGCUCAUUUGUUGUCAUUUUGUAAUUACAAAAUACACCAUGGCUGCAAACAUGGGCUGUACAUGAAAGGUGUACUUUUAUUAGUGAUGGGAGAUGAUUUUAAAACUUCAAUAUCACUUACGGAUGGCGAAAAAACUCAGAUUGCAACUGUUAAAUCAAUAAACGUGCACCAUAUGAAAUAUGGUUACCCACAUCAGGAUGACCCGCUUCAUGCUUCUGACUGUUACAUUUCCAGUGUUGAAAGGUUGCUCUUCCCCUUUGCUCUUGGUGUUUCUUAUUAAAAACAAAAUUCAUGUGCUAUUUGUAAGCCUA